AUGUUCAGAGCUACAAAUUCGAUAACCGUCUACAUCCAUAAUCCGAUUCAUUUUUGUUGGCUUAUGCUUUUGGAUCAAAAAAUGGGACUCGGUGAGACGUACACGGCUGGCGAUUGGACGGCCGAACCAAAUCCGACUGAAUUUCUCAAGCUUCUGAUUCGAGCGAAAAAGCAGACGAAACGCGCUGAACCCAGAACGUCAUCGCCACUGGAGAGGUUAGCGAGAUCUGUUAGCGAGUUGAUGCUGGCAGUGAUCCGACAAAUCGUCAGCAACUACUCCUACAUUCAACAUCGGAUUCGGGACAAUACUCUCACCCAAAGCGCCAAAAAUAUUCAUGAUCAUUACGACCUCGGGAACGACAUGUUUCGAAUGUUUCUCGAUCCUUCGAUGACCUAUUCAUGUGCUAUCUUCCAAGAGCCUCUAGAACAUGUCGAGAAGGUGAACUUCGAGGUUCUUGAAGAGGCUCAACAACGGAAGAUGGAUCGACUAAUCGACAUGCUCGAUCUGAGAGAAACCGAUCGAGUACUCGAAAUUGGUUGCGGUUGGGGAGCUUGUGCAAUUCGUGCAGUGAAAAAAAGCCAAUGCUACUGGACCGGCCUCACGAUUUCACAUGAACAGCUCGAAUGGGCGAAGCAAAAAGUAGUGGAAGAAGGCUUACAUGAUAAGAUAUGCUUUAAAUACGAAGAUUAUAGGCUAGCCACUGGUCAGUAUGAUAAAAUCAUUUCUGUAGAGAUGAUCGAGGCUGUAGGAGAGGCAUUCCUUCCUCAAUACUUUAAAGUACUUUCCGAUAGACUCGUAUCUGGCGGAAAAGCCGUACUUCAGGGAAUAAUCUGUCCAGAUAUCUAUUACGAACGAUACCGUAAAUCGUCAGAUUUCAUCAAGAAAUAUAUAUUUCCUGGAGGUCAUAUGCCUUCACUGGGUGCUAUCAAGUUGUCACUUCCGAAUGAUCUUACCAUAGGAGAAAUCCGGCAUAUUGGCAGGCACUACGCUAACACUCUGGAUCACUGGUAUAGUGCAUGGAUGAAAAACGAGGAGAACAUUCUGGCAUUGGGCUAUUCGAAGUCGUUCCAUCGCCUUUGGCAGUACUAUUUCUCCCUCUGUUCAGCACUCUUCGCCAACGACCACAUCGACGCAGUCCAGUUCAUCCUAACAAAGAGCAUCUAG